AUGUACUCUACUGGUACACUAUUGCUACAUUGUUUCCCUUCAAUUAUUACACAUCUAGAUGUUCUGCAAUAGUAUAAACCAAACACAAACAGUAAUAUUUCAAGGCUGAUGUUUUGAUGUCACAAUAAACCGAGCCAAGAUGCACGUAACGGAUGAGUUACUCGGUAGCAAAGGCAACUGAGAGCCGCUUGGUUUCACUUCGUUCCAGCCCCCACCCCCACGGAAGGAGGACACGCACAUCUACAUUCAGUCGUCCGCUUCUUCAUUUCUUCGGCUGCUCAGCGGUCAAGAAGCGUCGCUUUCCUUCGUCGUCGCCCUUCUCUUCAUGGCCUCCGCGCACUUAGAGCUGGAUGGACUUGGAGGAGCAGAAAGAGCUGGGGAGGUUCUUGAGGGCGGAGGAAGGCGCCGGAACCCCGGUGCCCUCAACAUGAACCACUACGCCAACAAGAAGAGCGCCGUCGAGAGCAUGCUGGACGUGGCUCUGCUCACGGCCAACGCCUCGCAGCUGAAGGCCGUCGUGGAGCAGGGCCCAGAGCUCUCCUUCUAUGGGCCGCUCGUGGCGCUCAUCAGCAUCUCGCUCGUCCUUCAGGUCCUCGUGGGAGUUCUCCUCAUCUUCACGGUGAAAUGGAACCUGAACGAUGAGCGGAAGCACUUCAGGCUGAACAUCCUGGAGAACAUCUCCACUGUGCUGGUUUUCGUCAUCGUGGUCGUCAACAUCUUCAUCGCAGCGUUCGGCGUCCAGCGUCCAGCCCAGCGGGGGUGACGCCGAACUCCCGGCGCAGCGGCCCGCGCGAGGCUCACGGCACGGAGCUGAGCAAAGCCCUGGGGG